AUGGCCGACGAAACAGUCAGUCCCAGCACAAUCAGCGUGCAGUCUGAUUCAUUCGACUGAUCCACUCUUCUGUGACCAUCAGAAAACAAUCUACGUUGGAGGCUUCUCGAGCGAGACCUCGGCCACGAUUUUGGAGUCGGCGUUCCUGCCGUUUGGUCAAGUCGUCGACAUUCAACUCCCCCGCGACCCCGUCGACAGUCAGUCAUGCCAUCGAGACUCGUCACUGUCCAUCUUACUCAUCCAGUGCUACCUGCGUCUGCUCAGAAUCGCGCCACCGCGGCUUCGCGUUCGUGUCCUUCUCCUCGCUCGAAUCCGCGCUCGACGCGAUCGACAACAUGCACCAAAACGAACUCACCGACCCUUCCAACAAGGGGAGAACACUCAAAGUCAACAUGGCCAAGCCGCCCAAGGGACUCCAGCCCGGUAUGGGCAACAGAGCUAGUCAGUCCACCGCGCCCAGUUGUGUGUCACCCACCACCUCGGAGGGAGCCACUGAUCGGUCGGUCUCUUUUCGUGCAGUCUGGACCGACGAGGCAUGGAUCAAAGAACACGGCAUGCAGUCGAUCGAGGACAUGCAUCAGCAAGUCGGCACCGCCGGGCCGUGA